GAUUUUGAGAGUUAGGAGCCGGCAUGGCACAAGGGGAGUUCCUUGUGCGAAGCGGGGACACAGAGAAGGUGUUCCUCCUCAGGAACACAGAUCUCGAGAUUGGGUGUGAGUCGAUCUCCUCUGAGUGGACGACUGACUCCGAAGCAGAACGAUUGCAUCAGGAGCAGUUGGGUAGCCGAGGAAUCAUCGAAGAGAAGCAAAACCGCAGGAAGCGCAAGAAACGUGCGUGGCGCCUGCGCCACUUGCUUCGCCGCGGCGCAGAGUCCGACGAGUCGCAGUCUUCCAGCAGUAGCUCCAGCACGAGCAGCGGCAGCUCCAGCAGCACCGACGGCGGGGAGGUGGGGAGCUUCAAGCGCCAGCGCCAGCAGGUUCAGCAGCAGUGGAAGAUGCUCAAGGGGCACAAGUCCAACUUCUCGCCGGCCGGCAGCCCACCUGUGCUGGCGGUGGCAGCUCCGAAGGAAGGGCUUGCCGAGCCUCAAAGCGUGGCGGUGGGGCAGCUCAGAUGGUUUGAUUCUUCCAAGAAGUAUCGGGCCUUUGCACUGGCGCCCCAGUUUCUGCAGCCGAGCGACAUAGAGGCCAUCAGCCUGGCCGCGAAGCACGGCUCGGUACGGGAGAUCAACGACCGAAAGGGGUACCUUGCCUUCAAGCACCGGGUUUGGCGUUUCGAGUUGCAGCUGAGAGCGCUCUUCCCGGAGCUCUACGCUCGCUUGAUGGCUUUGAUGCGGAGCGCAGACGAAGCCAAGUGGCAGAGGCUUUGCAAAAAGUCCAAGAAGGUAUACCCGGAGAUUGAGUACAUCGAGUACGACGUGGAAGAGAUGGGGGAGCCGUGCUAUAUUGAGCCGCACGUGGACAACAAGUCUGCGGUCACCAUGGUGGCCAUGCUCUCGCCUUCCGGGGCCUACCGCGGGGGCCGGAGCUGCUUCCGGCGCGCGGAGGGCAGCCGCGGGCACCGGGAGCUGGGCCUGGACCGGGGCGACGUGGUCUUGUUCCGUGGCGAGAAGCUGGUUCAUUGGAUCACUCCGGUUACUGAAGGCAAGCGGGUGAUCCUACAGAUCGAGUUGUCUCGAGUGUAGCUUGGACUCUACCGCUAAUGUGUCCAGGU